AUGGGAAAAAAACAAGAGAAAAACACAUGUUUUGUGAAGAUUUUGGUUCAAGAAGAAGUGGUAGCCUUGGAGAAGCAGUUAGAGGCAUCCCAACGCUUUUUGGGCGGGGUUCGUUCGUUGGCGUCCUACGAGGACAUCCAGCAAAAGCAACUAAGGGGGCUUCUGAUUGCCUUGGGGAAAUCUAAGGAUCUGAGUACGUCUCAGGCUGCUUCUUUUGUAGAAGCGAUUGGUUCCAGGCUGUGGUCAGAAGCAGCGGUGGAAGAACUGCAGCGACAGGUUGCUGCAAAGACGUCGCAAGUCGAGGUCGACAGUGGGCGCGGACGAAUGCAAGACUUUAGUCAGAUUAUUCACUUCCUCACACAGGAUCUGGCGACCAUGAUAUUGGAAGGAAAAGCCCCCGCCGACACUGUCUUGCGAGCCUUGUGUUUGCACGCUGGCCGGAUGUCACUACGUCUACCUGCGCAUCUUCGUCAAGCUGCCUUUGGAGAGAGUUUGCCAGUGAAUAUGGCAGAGAGCGGUGUGGCCAUGAUGCAGGCAGCAAGGACGAUGCCUAUGCGGGGGACUAACCGCGCAUUGGGUUCAGCGCUGUCUACGGGACAGCCAAAGGAAGAUCCCACGGCUGAGUGGACUACGCGUGCAAUCACAGCGGCAGUGCAGGGAGUUGUGGCUGCGAGCCAUUCAUUGUUGGGGGGUGCUGGAGUGGCAGCUACGGCUGCGAAUGCGACGCACGUGGUUCCAAGUAUGCUUGUGGAGGCACGCCCUCCAGAAAUGUUGGCUUUGACCAAUGCGCCGCACGCAGAGAUGGAAGCGAAGGAGUCGACGCCGCAUGGGAAUACGUCUACGGGACGUAUGGCAGUGGCUCAGAGUGCUCCACCGCAAGACGGUGUGGACGCGAAGGCGAAGAGCAAAGCUAAGAGCUUCUGUAAGAGGCCGGCAACAAAAGCGAGUCUGAAGCGUCCUGCAGCUGCAGUGGCACCUAUGGGGUGUUCGGCACCCAAGGGUUCCGCAGCUGGUGAGCGUAAAAAGCACGGCAAGACAUCUACGGGAUGUCGUAUCGGCGCAAAAGGAACGGCAAAGCCUAAGGGCAAGACUGAGGCUACGGCCACAUCUUCGCGUGAGGCCAGGCGUCGAGCCAUUUUGGCAGUGGUGCCCAAGAAGGUGCAGCUGCAGUUUAAGAACGGACGGCAUGGCGGGCGAGAAGGAGAAGGACGCGGAGUCGUAUUCCUAUAUGUGACAGAGGAUGAGGAGGAGAUGAAUGAGCCCGCUGCUGAACCGGCACCGCCACGCGCGGAGGCCACAGCGCUACGGACGGACUCUACAGCGCCACGUGCGCGACCAGGUCCUCCAGGGUGCGCGGCCAAGUCUGCAGCGACACCUGGUAGGCGUGCAGGUCGGAGCCAGGACUCGAGUAGCGAUAGAGAACGUGGUCGCCGGAGGCCUCCUUCGCCGGCAAGUCCGGUUCGCGUGGACAGGUCGCCGAGACGUAGCGUUGCACCUGCAAGACCCACGAGGUCUGUGCCGCCGGCUCGGUUGGAUGAGCCCCUGCCAGACACGGCGAGCAGGCGGCCACCAGCUGGAGAAAGUGGGGGUGUUCGUGGCAAAGGAAAGGGCUCCAGCGGCUAUGGCAGGCGCUAUCAAUCGUGCCCGCAUUGCUGGCAUGACGUCGCCGUGACCCCACGCGGGUCUGGGUUGUCGCAGCACAUGUGGACAGUGCAUUGCAUGGCAACUCUAUUCAAUAUUCCCAAGGGGACAUAUGCACAAUGGCGCGCCCAGGAAAUCAAAGACCGUCGCGAAACGGAGUGGGAGGCUCCUGAAGCAGUGUGUCCGGCUCGGAGUGCAGCCCAUCGUGACAGGUUGGAAGAUUUGCAGAGAGAAGAGGAACUGAUGCAGGACGAGGGCGAGGACGACGUUCGCAAGUCGGACGACACGAAGAACAAGAAGAAGAAGAAGAAGAAGAAGAAGAAGAAGAAGAAGAAGAAGAAGAAGCGCCGUCGACGUCAUCACGGGUCGGAUCCUUCCCCGCAUCGUUCCCGCAAGCGGGAUCGUCGCCCUCCUAGCAGCGACCGCUCAGAUGGGGGGGGCCACAAGGCCAAGUGGUGA